UCUUUCUUGUCCCUAAGCCCAAGGGCUUAUCCCCUUCCUUGACCGCCACUGGGGGGUCCUAGUGCUUGUGGGUCCCUGAAGGCUGCAGAGUUUCAAAUUCAGAACCCUGGCCUGGAUGAGAGAAAGCAGGAUGAAUGGCAGGCCCAGUAGAGGUAACUGGAGCCAGCUGUCAGCUCCCUGGGUUCCUCACAGAAUUUGCAUGAAGAGAAUGAGGCUCCUCCAUAGGUUCCCCCUCCUUUCCCACCUGGAACACUUGUCCUAGGGCUGAAGUCUGACAGCAGGGGGAAGAGCAGCUCUGUGUGCAGAGCCAUCUUAUCGUUGCUGAGGUGAUGCCCCGUGUCUUCCUGGUCAGGAGUCGGCGUCCACAGCCACCCAACUGGGGCCACCUGCCUGACCAGCUCCGGGGAGAUGCCUAUAUCCCAGACUGCAGCAGCCAGGCAGGGCCACGAGUACAGCAGUCUUCCAGUCUUGGGGACCCUUGGGCAUCGGUCACACAAGGAAGCCUGGCAUCUGCUUCCAGGAGCCCGGGAACACUUGGCUGCCCUCUCUGCCCCAAGGCCUUCCCGCUGCAACGCAUGCUAACUCGGCACCUCAAGUGCCACAGCCCAGCACGCCGCCAUGUGUGCCGUUGCUGUGGCAAGGGCUUUCAUGAUGCCUUCGAUCUCAAGCGUCACAUGAGGACUCACACUGGAAUCCGGCCAUUCCGCUGCGGAGCUUGUGGGAAAGCUUUUACACAGCGCUGCUCCCUUGAAGCACAUCUUGCAAAAGUGCACGGGCAGCCAGCCAGCUAUGCUUACCGCGAGCGCCGCGAGAAGCUGCAUGUGUGUGAGGACUGUGGCUUCACUAGCUCCCGCCCAGACGCCUAUGCACAGCACCGCACCCUGCAUCGUGCUAACCGAGACACUGUACCAGUGUCCUACCCAUGAGGCAAAUAAACACAAGAA